UUCACAACUCCAAAGACAUUGGCCCACAACCAUGCCCUCCCCUCCUCCAAUGUUGCCACUUCAAGUCCAAAUGCCACCCCACAAUUUCCAGCAACUCAACCACACCAUUCUUCUGAUCUAGCAGCUGUUACUGAGCAAGCCCAGCUAAAUGGAUGGUACAUCCACCCAGGAGAGAUUGAGAUUGACGAAAAAAUAGGGCAGGGAAGUACGGCUCACAUAUACAAAGGAACAUGGCAUGGACUUGAAGUGGCAGUGAAAUGCAUGUACCCUGAUUUCUUUGAAACUAACGACAAUGGUGUCGCAUUUUUCGCUCAAGAGCUUGACACCUUACGUAGGCAGCGACAUCCAUACAUACUUCAGCUAAUGGGUGCAUGCCUCGAUCCUCCUAACUAUGCUUGGGUGGUGACGGAGUUCAUGAGCACAACACUGAAGGAGUGGCUUCACGGCCCCGGAAAUAGGCGAAAAGAGAGGAUGAUACCACUUCCUCCGCUCAAAGAGAGGGUCGCUAGGGCAUUGGAGAUUGCUCUAGCCAUGCAGUAUCUUCAUGGACAAAGGCCUAUGGUGAUUCAUCGUGAUCUCAAGCCUAGCAACAUAUUUUUGGACGAUGCUAUGCAUGUACGAGUUGCAGAUUUUGGUCAUGCUCGGUUCUUGAGUGAUGAAGAGAAGGCACUCACCGGCGAAACGGGAACUUAUGUGUACAUGGCACCUGAGGUCAUCCAAUGCGAGCCUUAUAACGAAAAAUGCGACGUAUACAGUUUUGGGAUUUUAUUGAAUGAGCUUAUAACUGGAGAUUAUCCUUAUAUUGAGAAGGAUUAUGGUCCCAUUAAGAUUGCAAUGGAAGUUGUGGAGGAGAACCUAAGGCCAAAACUGGCUGAUGAUCGUGAUGGGCAACUUGGGGAACUAAUUGACCUAAUUUGCCUUUCAUGGAAUGCAGAUGCGUCAGUGAGACCAUCCUUUGCCGCCAUUACAAGCAGUUUGAAGGCUCUUCAAAACAGAUUAUUUUAUUGAUGUUUAACAACCAUUUGCUUAUGUUAAUGUUAAUCUAAUCAGUUUGGAUUUGUUAAUCCAAUCAGUUUGGACGUUCAUUUAAGCAAUUAGGAUAUUAUUGAU